ACGGGACAAUGACAAACACUUGCCACUCUUUUCAUUGCUUGAUUCCAUUUCAAUGGCUAGCUACUUCCUCCAUUCAAUACCUUACUCUCUCUCUCUCUCUAUAAAUUCAUGGCACAUUCUCUCUUCUUUCUUCAGACACAAAAUUAAAGUCAUAGUUUAGUGUGGCUUGUGCUGUGCACACAACAUAGCAUAUAGCAAAAAAUAUGGGUGUGAAUUCCAAUAGAGUUGAUAACUUUGAAACCAUUAAAAUUCAAUCAGAGAUACCAAUGUUUCAAUCACCAUUGGAAAUUCACAAGGUUAGGUUGCCACCACAAAGAACCACUCUUCAAAAACUUAGACAUAGACUCUCUGAAAUCUUUUUUCCGGAUGAUCCUUUUCAUGGAUUUAAAAACCAAACUUGGGUUAUGAAGUUACUUCUUGCUCUUCAAUACUUGUUUCCCAUUUUUCAAUGGGGUCCCGAGUAUAGUUUUCGUCUUUUUCGCUCCGAUAUUGUCUCUGGUCUCACCAUUGCUAGCCUCGCCAUUCCUCAGGGAAUAAGUUAUGCCAAGCUUGCAAACUUGCCACCUAUUAUUGGAUUAUAUUCAAGUUUUGUGCCUGCUUUGAUAUAUUCAGUACUUGGAAGUUCUAGACAUCUUGGUGUUGGUCCUGUUUCAAUUGCAUCAUUAGUUAUGGGAUCAAUGUUAAGUGAAAGUGUUUCUUAUAAUCAAGAUCCAAUUCUAUAUCUUAAAUUGGCUUUCACUGCCACUUUUUUUGCUGGAUUGUUCCAAUCCUCUCUUGGUGUAUUAAGGUUAGGCUUUGUGAUUGAUUUUCUAUCAAAGGCAACAUUGGUAGGUUUCAUGGCUGGUGCAGCAAUAAUUGUGUCACUACAACAACUCAAAGGGUUACUAGGAAUAAUUCAUUUCACCAACAAGAUGCAAAUUCUACCUGUUUUGGUCUCUGUUUUCAAGCAAAGAGACGAGUGGUCAUGGCAAACUAUUUUACUAGGAUUCAGUUUCCUAGUCUUUCUGCUGAUAACAAGACACAUUAGCUUGAAGAGGCCAAAAUUAUUCUGGAUUUCAGCAGCUGCUCCAUUGACUUCAGUUAUUCUAUCAACCAUUUUAGUCUUUUCUAUGAGAAAUAAGAUUCAUAAAAUAGCAAUUAUUGGUGAAUUGCCAAAAGGACUUAAUCCACCAUCAUCAAACAUGUUAUACUUCAAUGGUCCUUAUUUGGCUCUUGCUAUCAAAACUGGACUUGUCACUGGCAUCUUGUCUCUCACUGAAGGAAUUGCAGUUGGAAGAACAUUUGCUUCACUUAGGAACUACCAAGUAGAUGGAAACAAAGAAAUGAUGGCUAUUGGUCUUAUGAACAUAGCUGGUUCUUGUUCUUCAUGUUAUGUCACAACAGGAUCCUUUUCUCGAUCGGCUGUUAACUACAAUGCCGGAGCACAGACAGCAGUCUCAAAUAUAAUCAUGGCUUCGGCAGUUCUUGUGACUCUUCUGUUUCUCAUGCCGCUGUUCUAUUACACACCAAAUGUUGUCUUAGCUGCCAUUAUCAUCACUGCUGUUAUUGGUCUAAUUGAUUACCGAGCCGCGUACAAGUUGUGGAAGGUUGACAAGCUUGAUUUCACAGCGUGUCUGUGCUCCUUUUUUGGUGUUCUCUUCAUUUCAGUUCCAUUAGGCCUUGCAAUCGCGGUGGCAAUAUCAGUCUUCAAAAUCCUGUUGCAUGUCUCUAGGCCAAACACAAUGGUUUUGGGAAACAUUCCAGGGACACCAAUUUUCCAUAACCUAAAUCAAUAUAAAGAAGCUUUAAGGAUUCCUUCAUUUAUCAUUUUGGCUGUUGAGUCUCCCAUCUACUUUGCCAAUGCAACUUACCUGCAAGAAAGGAUACUGAGAUGGGUUCGAGAAGAGGAAGAGUGUGUAAUAGCAAACAAUGGAAGUUCAUUGAAAUGCAUGAUUUUAGACAUGACAGCCGUGACAGGCAUAGACACAAGUGGAAUCGACACAUUAUGUGAACUUAGUAGGAGAUUAGAACAAAAAUCACUUCAGCUUGUAUUGGCAAAUCCUAUUGGAAAUGUGAUGGAAAAGUUGCAUGAAUCAAAUAUUUUGGAGUCAUUUGGAAUGAAAGGAGUGUAUCUCUCAGUAGGAGAAGCAGUGGCUGACAUUUCAUCAUCGUGGAAAGCUCAGCCAUGAUUAAUCUCCAUAGAUGAAUAAUUUCUAGGACAGAAAAAAACAAAAUAUGAGGCUUCUAACUUUCAGCAGUUAGACAAAAACUAACAUUGAAAGUUUUUUGCCUAAUGACACAAUCAAUCAAUUUGGUUUAAAUUAAAGCCUUGAAAAUUAAGGCAUUUUAGUAGUGUUUCUUAUUCUAGGAUGCUACUUAUAAAUUUAUGUAUGUAGUAUGUUACUCUUGUCCAUUUUUGGCUUUAGUUGUUGGAGGGAAAGAGCAUCCAAGCAAACACUCUUGUGAUGACUUUAUUCUGGACAUUGAGUGAUAAAUAUGAAAUAGAUAUUUUAAUCAACAAAAAAGAAAGUAUUCCACUCA